GUGGGCGGCGAAGGCGGGCCGGCGACUGGUCGCGCUAUCACUCUCGCCAAUCUCCUGGCUUGUGACUUGCGGAGCCUUUUGUGGCCCCCUCGGUGUUGCGGUGAAGGAUGGAGCGGCAUCGGCAGCGCCUGCAACACCCGGCGCAAGGCUCCGCGGCCAGGGCCCCAUACCCCUCCUCGGCCUCCCUCCGCGGCUGCCGGGACGGCAAAAUGCAGCGCAGGAAGGAUCCCCAGCACCCUCCACCGCCCGGCGGACCCGAGGAGUCUGGGGAGAAACGCCCCAAGUUUCAUUUAAAUAUUAAGACACUGACGGAUGAUAUGUUGGACAAAUUUGCCAGUAUACGAAUUCCAGGGAGCAAGAAAGAGAGACCACCACUAUCUAACCUGAAGACUGCAUUUGCAAGUAAUGAUUGCUCUUCAGCAUUUUCAGAGAUGAUGGAAAACAACCCCAAACCACUUUCAGAAAAUGAAGUCUUAGAACUUUUUGAAAAGAUGAUGGAAGAUAUGAAUUUAAAUGAAGAUAAAAAAGCACCAUUGCGGGAAAAGGACUUCAGUAUCAAAAAAGAAAUGGUGAUGCAGUACAUCAAUACUGCUUCUAAGACAGGAAGUCUUAAGAGUAGCCGACAGAUCGCCCCUCAGGAAUUCAUCCAUGAACUGAAAAUGGCAUCUGCAGAUGAGAGACUUGUCACAUGCCUCGAGUCUCUCCGAGUGUCUUUGACCAGUAACCCUGUCAGCUGGGUACAAAGCUUUGGACGAGAGGGACUUGGAUUAUUAUUGGACAUUUUGGAAAGACUGAUUAAUGGCAAAAUCCAAGAAAAAGUCGUAAAGAAGAAUCAGCACAAAGUCAUACAGUGUCUAAAGGCCUUGAUGAAUACACAGUAUGGCUUGGAAAGAAUUAUGAGUGAAGAGAGGAGUCUUACGUUACUGGCCAAAGCCAUUGAUCCCGAACAUCCCGUCAUGAUGACAGACGUGGUUAAACUGCUCUCUGCAAUAUGCAUUGUAGGGGAGGAAAGCGUCCUUGAAGAAGUUUUGGAAGCUUUAACAUCAUCUGGAGAAGAAAGAAAAAUUGACAGAUUUUCUUCUAUUGUGCAAGGUCUUCAGCACAAUUCAAUUCAACUACAAGUAGCUUGUAUGCAGCUCAUCAAUGCUCUUGUUACAUUUCCUGAUGAUUUGGACUUGAGGCUUCACAUCAGAAAUGAAUUUAUGCGUUGUGGAUUGAAAGAGAUAUUUCCAAAUUUAAAAGGUAUUAAGAAUGAUGGCCUGGAGAUCCAACUUAAAGUCUUUGAUGAGCAUAAAGAAGAAGAUUCGAUCGAGCUCUCCCAUCGCUUUGAAGAUAUUAAAGCUGAAUUUGAUGAAGCGUGUGAUGUUUACAACAUGGUGUGGAAUAUGGUUAAGGAAACUAGAGCAGAGGGAUAUUUCAUUUCUAUUCUUCAGCAUCUUUUGCUGAUUCGAAAUGAUUAUUUUAUAAGACAACAGUACUUCAAAUUAAUUGAUGAGUGUGUAUCCCAGAUUGUAUUGCAUAGAGAUGGAAUGGAUCCAGACUUCACUUAUCGAAAAAGACUAGAUUUAGAUUUAAGUCAAUUUAUAGAUGUUUGCAUAGAUCAAGCAAAACUAGAAGAAUUUCAAGAGAAAGAAUCAGAACUUCAUAAGAAAUUUGAAAAAGAGUUUACUGACCAUCAAGAUACUCAGGCUCAAUUGCAGAAAAAAGAGGAAAAGAUUAAUGAGCUUGAAGCAGAAUUACAAGCGUUUAAAUCUCAGUUUGGUGCCUUGCCAGCUGAUAUAAGCACCUCUUUGAUCCCAUCAAAAGAAGAUGGGACCGGCCACCCAGGACUCCCUCCUCCUCCCCCACUUUCCUCUUGUGGAGGGUUGCCACCUCCACCACCACCUCCCCCACCCCCUCCACUUCCAGGAAUGCCGAUGCCGUUUGGUGGCCCCGUGCCUCCGCCACCUCCCCUUGGAUUUCUGGGUGGACAACAUUGUCUUCCUCCACCAAUACUGCCAUUUGGGUUGAAACCGAAGAAGGAAUUUAAACCAGAAACCAGCAUGAGAAGAUUGAAUUGGUUAAAGAUCAGACCUGAGGAAAUGACUGAAAGCUGUUUCUGGAUAAAAGUAAAUGAAAAUAAGUAUGAAAAUGUGGAUUUGCUUUGUAAGCUUGAGAAUACAUUUUGUUGCCAACAAAAAGAGAGAAGAGAAGAGGAAGGUUUUGAAGAGAAAAAAGCUAUUAAGAAAAAAAUUAAAGAACUUAAAUUUCUAGAUUCUAAAGUUGCCCAGAACCUUUCAAUCUUCCUGAGCUCUUUUCGGGUGCCAUAUGAGGAAAUCAAAAUGAUGAUAUUGGAAGUCAAUGAAACACAGUUGGCAGAGUCUAUGAUUCAGAACUUAAUAAAGCAUCUUCCUGAUCAAGAGCAAUUGAAUUCGUUAUCUCAGUUCAGGAGUGACUAUAACAACUUAUGUGAACCUGAGCAGUUUGCUGUCGUGAUGAGCAAUGUGAAGAGACUACGGCCACGGCUCAGUGCUAUUCUCUUUAAGCUGCAGUUUGAAGAGCAGGUGAACAACAUCAAACCUGACAUCAUGGCUGUUAGUGCUGCCUGCGAAGAGAUAAAGAAGAGCAGGAGCUUUAGCAAGUUGUUGGAACUUGUGUUGCUAAUGGGAAACUACAUGAAUGCUGGCUCCCGGAAUGCUCAAACCUUCGGAUUUAACCUUAGCUCUCUCUGUAAACUAAAGGACACGAAAUCAGCAGAUCAGAAAACAACACUACUUCAUUUCCUGGUGGAAAUAUGUGAGGAGAAGUACCCGGAUAUCCUGAGUUUUGUGGAUGACUUGGAACAUUUAGACAAAGCUAGUAAAGUCUCUGUAGAAAUGCUGGAAAAGAAUUUGAAGCAGAUGGGAAGGCAGCUUCAACAGCUUGAGAAAGAUUUGGAAACCUUUCCCCCUCCUGAGGACUCACAUGACAAGUUUGUGACAAAGAUGUCCAGCUUUGUUAUCAGUGCAAAAGAGCAAUAUGAGAAACUUUCAAAAUUACAUGAGAACAUGGAAAAGUUAUACCAGAGUAUAAUGGAAUACUAUGCUAUUGACGUGAAGAAGGUGUCCGUGGAAGACUUUUUGACUGACUUGAAUAACUUCAGAACCACAUUCAAGCAAGCAAUAAAGGAGAACACCAAAAGAAAAGAAGCAGAGGAAAAAGAAAAACGUGCUAGAAUAGCCAAAGAGUUGGCAGAGAAAGAAAGACGCGAACGCCAGCAAAAGAAAAAGCGCUUAUUAGAAAUGAAGACUGAGGGUGAUGAGACAGGAGUGAUGGAUAGUCUGCUGGAGGCCCUGCAGUCAGGCGCUGCGUUCCGCGACCGAAGAAAAAGGACACCGAAGCCGAAAGAUAUUCGGCAGAGUCUCAGUCCCAACUCUCAGAGGCCUGUUCUGAAACUUUGUAACCAUGAAAAUCAGAAAGUGCAGUUGACAGAAGGGUCACGUUCACACUACAAUAGCAAUUGCAACUCAACAAGGACUCCAGUCGCCAAGGAGCUUAAUUAUCAUCUAGACACUCACCCGUCUGCAGGGAGGAUCAAGGCAGUUGAGAAGAAGGAAGCCUGUAAUGUAGAAAGCAGCAGAAAAAAGGAAAUGGAACUUCUUGGCACUAUUUCUAAAAAUGAAUCCAUUCCCGAAGUUGAAGCCCUGCUGGCAAGAUUACGAGCUUUAUAAAUUAAACCGGUAAAAAAUGAUUAAGCCAAAUAUAAAGCCAUGCUCAGAGCUGUAACACUUGAAAAAAAUUGCUUUUAUAAGUGACUAUAUAGUUUUAAAUUAUGAUAUAUAUUAGAAAUAUAAAGCUAAAUGCAUGAUUGCAGUGCUUUUUCUAUGUACUUGAGGCUUUGGCUUAUUGAAGAUUGUAAUGGGCUUUAAUGUUCUUUUGUGUCUCUUGGCAUUCAUCUGUUCUGUAUUUGGUGGUUAAAUUAUACGUAAUGCUUUAGAGAGUGGGUAGGUGACCAUGUGUUCAGCAACGUGUCCUUAAGAAAAUACCAUCUUUCUAAGGCACUGUAUUUUUUUUUGUUUUUUGUUUUUACUUUUUUGAACAUUAAUGAAUGUCCAGUCCCCAGCCUCAUGUCUUGGUACAUAUCCAUGUAUGUUCCAUGUAUAUUAUUUAUAUUGGCCCAGGUUUCUCUUUAAUUAGGAUCUACCAGCGUAGCAUCAAAAACACACAACUGAAUAUGUGAAGAAAUGACUGGUAAGCUCAUUAUCAUCAUUGUUGAAUUUGUGGUAAUUUGACCCUGUAGAGGACUAUAAGGCAAUUGAGCACAUUUCCAAGAAUGAUGUAAUAGGAAUGUAUGUGUUCUGUUUGCACAAUGCAGGUGUUUUUGUGUAAAGUGCAUAUAUACAGUAUUACAGCGCUGGGAGGGCAUAUUUUCCCCCCUGGUAAUUAUGGCUCUGAAAUAAAAUUGUCAUUUUGAGACUUCCGAAGUGACAAAUUUCUUGAUUUUUGGAGUACAUAAACUUAGAAUUGCAAUUUCUGUGAUCUGACAAUCAGUAACUUUAAAAAAAGAUUGUAAUACAGGUUUCAAAGGAAAGUUUUCAUAUGCAGAUGUGAUUUUACCUUGUCUGGGGCAUCCUUGCUCUUUUAGAUGUGUAUCAAAGACAAUAAACUUGC